UUCAAACCUGAUUUUUUGUUUUUUGGAAUUUUCAUGAACCGAUUUUUUUCCUGUUAUAGUAGGUACUACUGAGUAUGGAAAUAUUGAAAAAGCUUUUACGAAGUUUAUAAUGUUCGCAAACAGAAACAACCGUUUUUAGUUACGUAAAUUUUUAUUUUGCUAUAUUUAUUUAACAAAACUUUAAUGUCCUCAAUUGUGCACGGUAGGUUUGAAAGGGUUAACAUAGUUAGAAAGUGUGAAUAAAUGUGUAAUUGAGUUGUCUGUUGUUUAAGAUUUAUUAAUAAUGAUGAUAAUAAUUAUGAGCAGAGUUAAUGGUUUGAUAUGUUUAAUGUUGGGGGUAAUUAUUGUGGGUGUAAAUAGUGAGCAGAGAUUUAUCGAAACUCCACCAAGUUAUCAAGAGGUAUCGAGUGGAGAAGAUGUUAAGUUGGUGUGCAAGGUGCAGGAUAAAAAGGGCCAGUGUAUUUGGCAAAAAGAUCGUAAGCCAGUUGGCAUGCAUCCUGAUAAAUAUGAGUGGGCUAAUGGACGUGGUGGUAGUGGUAAUGGUGAUGCUGAUUGCACACUUCUUAUCAGACGUGCAUCACUUGAUUUUGAUGAUGGAUUAUGGGAAUGCCAGGUGACACCUGGUGAUUUCACACGACAGGAUGCGUUAACGUCUUUACCUUCACGACUUCUCGUUAGGGUAAAACCAAGAAAACCAAGUUUGGAAUAUGGUGGCACAAUCUUGACAGGAGCGCUUACGUUAAGAGAAGGUCAGGAGGUCACAAUUUCCUGUGUAUCUCGUUAUGGCAAUCCACCAGCACUUAUUAAAUGGUUUAUCGGAGGAGAUGAAGUAGAACCACUUAGGGAACAAACCAACGCUACGGAAGUAGAUAGCCCUAAAACUUGGGCUGCGCACAGUUUAAUGAGGGUAAAAGGCGACAGAGAAAAUCAUGGUCUUCCUGUAAGAUGCCUCAGUUUACAUUCAUCGAGCCCACUACCUGCGAUUGCUGAAUGUCGACUUGAUAUUCAUUAUUCACCAGAAGUUCAUAUUGAAACUAGUCCACGUUUAUUGACCUCAGCGCUCGAAGACUCAGCUAGUUUUAUGAGCAUUAAAUGUUUGGCUGACGCUAAUCCACCAGCAGCAAUUAGAUGGUACAGAGAUUCGAUUGCAUUAACGCGAAGUAAUUCUAUUGAAUCGAUUGGUCAAAAUUUAACCCACCGUAAUGGUACAAUGAGCGGUUCGGAGAUACGCUUUGAACCGGUAAAACAAACCGACGCUGGACUUUAUACAUGCAGAGGGAUUAAUGUAAUUGGUGAAAGUUCACCAUCUAAUUAUCGACUUGAUGUUCAAUAUGGACCACGAAUGAGAAUCAACGGUAGAACAAAUAACACUGCAGGGGAAAUAGAAGUAACAGCACUAUUAGCAUCAACUGUUGAUCCAUUCGAGUGCGAUGAUUUUGAUGCCAACCCACCGGCACGAUAUCGUUGGGUCCAUUUGAGAGGCGGUGUACCACAGACUAUCGACAAUUCGGUGCAUGGGGAAACAGGUUCGCGGAGACUCAGUUUGAAAAAUGUUAUUUGGAGCAAUGAAGGAGAAUAUCGGUGUGUUGCAUUUAAUAUUAUAAAUGGUGUAAGAAGAGAAAUGUCCAGUGAUACAAGAUUUAUUUUACACGUAUCUGGACCACCGGAAAUACAAACACGUUCUUAUAGUAAUGACAAUAAUAUUGAUCGCUCGAGUGAUGAUAUGAGUAUUGAUGAAUCGAUUGGAUGGGUUGGUGAUCCGUUUCAUAUUUUGAAAUCGAGAUUUUGUUCGAGACCGCCGCCUAAGUUGAUUGCUUGGCAAUGGGGUAGUUCACAUAUACGAUCAGGUGAAAGUAUUGAACCAAAAUACGAAGCAUUGCCUCUAGAACCGAUAAAAGAAAAUAAUGAAACAACAAACUGUUAUUAUGCAAAAUUAGAAAUACGUGAUCUACAAAAAGAAGAUUCGCGUGUUUAUAAUUUAAUGAUUGAAAGCGAAAAAGGACGAGAUACAACAAGCUUGAAACUUACUGUACGGGAUCCAAUGGAGAUAAAAAUAAUAGCUAUUGCCGGUGGUAUUGGUUUGCUAUUACUGUUUUUAAUAAUCGGAUUGGUAUUUUAUUCGAUAUUGAAAGCAAGACAUCGAAGAUACCAAAAAAAGAAGGCAGAAGAAGAAGAAGAAGGUAGCAUUGCUGCUGAUGCUUUUUACACCACAACACCUUCAAUAAAUAGACAAAAAACAACAGCAUCGCCGGCUAGCAAAGUUUACGUGAGAAAGAGUCCUUCCGAGGGCGGACUCGCUGUUAUGUAUGAUUAUAAUCAAAUAGUUAAACAUUCAAGGACAUUAAGUCCUGAAGCUUUGAAAGUAAGAAGAGCUCCUGCUGUUCUUCAGCCACCUACUAUUGUUUAAUUAGUAAAAUAAUAAUAACAAUUAUUAUUAUUACUAAUAUUAAUUAUUAAUAAAUACAAUAAUUU